GCAGGUUGUGUUUAGUUUUCGCCAACCUGAGGAGCUGUCUAGUGUCGCUGCGCUAGGAAAUCCAUCGUUGCCAGUUCGUGUCAUGUUUUCAGUGUAACAGCGGGGCUUGUUUUUUUAAUAGAACACAAGGAGACACCACCACACAGUGCUGUCAACGAAGUCUACGUUUGAAGGUGCUUAAAUUGCCGUGGGAAAAGACCAGUAGGAUCAACAACAGUACAAAGUGGUUGCUCAAUGCCCCCUAGUCGGCAGGAAUAGCCUUCCAGAUCCCACAUCUCACCACAUCCAUGUUGACUGCGGCAGCCUUCGCACGGGGUCCAGGGCUUCAAACACCACAACCCCUUUGUUCUUCUGUGGACAAGAUCCGGUUAAAUUGUAGCGGCUUGUGGACGGACCUUGUUACAAUGUACAUCCCUGUUUCAGUCUGAGGGAUUGUUUACGCGUUAAAAUGGCUGCUGAAAUGGCUUUUGGAAGAGAAUGGUCUUGAAUCAAUGCAGUAACGUUGAAUUACCCAGCAGACGCCAAACUGCAAGUACGCUAACGAUACACAGGCAAACAAAUUAUGUUUUAGGUAAGUCACAGUGUUCAGAGAGUUAGCUCCUUUAGCUUUAAUAGAUGAUUCGCCGCUUUUUUAGUAGGUUCUUCCAACAAGAGGUUGGGUGAAGGGAAUUCCUCCCACUCCAAAUCUAUGCAUGCGGUUAACCAAGCAGCUUUUAUAAACACUUAGCUAACAUUGCAUUUUCUUAGCAAUUUACUCCAAAGCUUUGUAAGGAGGCUUAGCUGAGCCUUAAUUUGAGUAUGCAUAACACUCAACGAAUAUGCAGGACUUCUUUGUUAUAAUUGAAACAGCCUGAGUAGCCGAGGCUCUCUCCCAAAGCAGACCUAAAAGGCCCCGGUCUUUUACUCGGCUCGGUCGACCUGGGGUGAAAAAAUGGAUCCUGGGGGUAAAUGUAAGACUAAACUCUUUCUUUUUGGACCCAAAGUAGCCACCCACAGCGACCUGCGGGGUAUCAACAGAUACUUGGUGGUCUAUGUUUUGUUUUACUUUGUACUGUUCACUCACGCCUCCCCGGCGAAACCGUGUGACAAGAACUGCCUCUCUGGAAAAUGUAUAAACGGAUCCUGCAUCUGUGACCGAGGAUGGGUUGGAGACCAGUGCCAGCACUGCCAAGGGAGGUUCAAAUUGAUGGAGCCCUCGGGAUACCUCACUGAUGGUCCAAUCAACUACAAAUACAAAACAAAGUGCACCUGGCUCAUUGAGGGCUAUCCAAACGCGGUUCUCCGGUUAAGAUUUAACCACUUUGCCACAGAAUGUAGUUGGGACCAUAUGUAUGUCUAUGAUGGAGACUCGAUAUAUGCUCCUCUGGUUGCUGUUUUCAGUGGUCUCAUUGUGCCAGAGAUGCGAGGAAAUGAGACGGUUCCUGAGGUUGAGACAACUUCAGGCUACGCACUACUACACUUUUUCAGUGAUGCUGCCUAUAACCUGACAGGAUUUGAAAUAUUUUACUCGAUCAACUCUUGUCCCAAUAACUGCUCUGGCCACGGGAAGUGCACCCCUGGGAACUCGGUCGCCAGCAGAGUGUACUGUGAAUGUGACAAGUACUGGAAAGGCGAGGCCUGCGAUAUCCCCUACUGCAGGAACAACUGCGGUAGCCCCGACCACGGCUACUGCGACCUCACUGGGGAGAAGCUGUGUGUCUGCAACGACAGCUGGCAAGGUCCAGACUGCUCUCUAACUGUGCCCUCAACUGAGUCCUUCUGGGUCCUACCGAGCGUCAAGCCCUUUGGCACAUCACUCGCCAGAGCGUCCCAUAAGACCGUGGUGCAGGAGAAGGUCAUGUGGGUGGUGGGUGGAUACACUUUCAACUACAGCUCCUUCCAGAUGAUUCUCAACUACAACCUGGAGAGUGGCAUCUGGAACACAGUUCCCAUCAAUAGUGGCCCCGUGCCAAGAUACGGCCACUCUCUCGCUGCCUACCAGGAUGAUAUUUACAUGUUUGGUGGGAAACUGGAGGCCGGCUGGGGGAACGUGACAGACGAGCUGUGGGUGUUCAAUGUGCCCAGUCGGACGUGGCAGCGGAGAAACCCCGUGGUUGGCCCUCCGGCCCAGGCUCAGAUUUACGCUGUGGAGGGACAUUCAGCCCACUGUGUCCUGCUGGAGGGCGGCGAGGCCAUCAUGCUGGUCAUCUUUGGCUACUCCCCCAUCUACAGCUACAUCAGCAACGUUCAGGAGUACAACCUGAGAUCCAACACGUGGUUGGUGCCUGAGACCAAAGGUGCCAUUCCCCAGGGAGGUUACGGCCACAGCAGCACAUAUGACAGCUCCAGCAGCAGUGUGUAUGUUCAUGGAGGCUAUAAGGCACUGCCUGACAACAAAUACGGCCUUGUUGAUGACCUCUACCGCUAUGACGUUAACACCCGGACAUGGUUCAUCCUCAGAGAGAGCAACUUUCCACGGUACUUGCACUCGGCUGUACUCCUCAGUGGCACCCUGCUCGUCUUUGGUGGCAACACGCACAAUGACACAUCGCUCAGCAACGGGGCCAAGUGUUUCUCCGCUGACUUUCUUGCCUAUGACAUUGCCUGUGAUGAGUGGAGGCUCCUGCCUAAACCAGACCUGCACAGGGAUGUCAACCGCUUUGGUCACUCUGCUGUGGUCAGCAAUGGGUCCAUGUAUGUGUUUGGGGGGUUCUCCGGUGUGCUGCUCAACGAUGUGCUUGUAUACCGACCCCCCAGCUGCCAGGCCUUCCUUGCAGAGGAAGGGUGUGUGAAGGCAGGGCCGGGGGUCCGCUGCAUCUGGAGCAGAGGCCGCUGUCUCCCCUGGGAGCCCAGCAUGGCUAAUGGCAGCCUCACACCUGCCCCAUUCUGUCCCCCUAAAGCUGUCACAGUGGACGAGCGGUGCUACCGGUUCUCAGACUGUGCCAGCUGCACAGCCAACACCAAUGGGUGCCAGUGGUGUGAUGACAAGAAGUGCAUCUCUGCCUCCAGCAAUUGUACAUCUAACGUGAAGAACUUCACUGAGUGCCCGGUGCGGAACGAGCAGGUGUGCAGCAAGCUCGCCAACUGCAAGAGCUGCUCGCUGAAUCUCAACUGCCAGUGGGACCAGAAUCAGCCAGAGUGCCACGCUUUGCCUGCCCAGCAGUGCACUGAGGGUUGGAGCCAGGUGGGGGAGGCCUGCCUGAGAAUCAACUCCAGCCGUGAGAGUUACGACAAUGCCCAACACUACUGCAAGAACCUGAAUGGAAACAUCGCCUCGCUCACCACCUCUAAACAAGUGGACUUUGUGCUUGAGGAGCUCAAGAAGCUCCAGCAACAAGACAAGCGGCUGUCUCCCUGGGUGGGCCUGAGGAAAAUAAACGUGUCAUACUGGGGUUGGGAGGACAUGACCCCCUUCACCAACAGCAGCCUGCGCUGGCUGCCUGGCGAGCCCAGUGACUCUGGUUUCUGUGCUUACCUGGAGGAGCCUCAGGUGUCAGGCCUGAGAGCCAAUCCAUGUACUGCAACUGCCCAUGGGCUGAUUUGUGAAAAAGCCACUGGAAACCCCAAUCAGAGUACGCGUCCAUCCUGUAAGAAGCCGUGCUCGCUGCACACCAACUGUGCUAAUUGUACCAGCCAGGCCAUGGAGUGUAUGUGGUGCAGCAGUGCGCAGCGCUGCGUCGACUCCACUGCCUAUGUCAUCUCUUUUCCUUAUGGCCAGUGUCUGGAGUGGCAGACUGGUGAUUGUGUGGCCCAGAACUGCUCAGGCCUGCAGACAUGUUCCCAGUGUUUGGAGCAACCGGAGUGUGGCUGGUGUGGAGAUCCCAGCAGCACGGGGAAGGGUCUGUGCAUGGAGGGCUCGUACCGGGGGCCCAUGAAGAGAACGGCGAAGCAGGGCCAGCAGGGCCAGUCCCAGGACAUGAGCCUGGAGCCGGGCAGCUGCCCCAAAGACAAGGGCUACGAGUGGGCCUUCAUUCACUGCCCUGCAUGCCAGUGUAAUGGCCACAGCACGUGUGUGAACGGCAGCGUGUGCGAACAGUGCCGUAACCUCACCACCGGUCCUCACUGCCAGACCUGCAUGCCUGGUUACCACGGAGACCCGACCAAUGGUGGCAAAUGCCAGGCCUGUAAGUGUAAUGGUCACGCAAGUGUGUGCCAGGUGUUAACUGGCAAGUGCUUCUGCACCACCAAGGGGAUCAAAGGAGACCAGUGCCAGCUAUGUGACUCAGAAAACCGUUACCUUGGCAAUCCACUCAGAGGAACCUGCUACUAUAAUCUCCUGAUUGACUACCAGUUCACCUUCAGUCUCAUCCAAGAAGAUGACAAUCACUACACUGCUAUCAACUUUAUGGCGUCACCCGAGCAGGCAAACAAGAACUUGGACAUGUCCAUUAAUGCAUCCAACAACUUCAACCUCAAUAUCACCUGGUCGGUGGGAUCAACAGCUGGAACCAUCUCUGGGGAGGAGGUGCCCAUUGUGUCUAAAACUAACAUCAAGGAAUACAGAGACAGUUUCUCCUGUGAGAAGUUCACCUUCAGAAGCAACCCUAAUAUUACCUUUUACGUCUACGUCAGUAACUUCUCAUGGCCCAUCAAGAUCCAGAUUGCCUUCUCCCAACACAACAGUAUCAUGGACCUUGUCCAGUUCUUUGUUACAUUUUUCAGUUGCUUUCUGUCGCUACUCCUGGUUGCAGCGGUGGUGUGGAAGAUCAAACAAACCUGCUGGGCUUCACGAAGGAGAGAACAACUGAUGAGAGAGCGUCAGCAGAUGGCCAGUCGUCCAUUUGCCUCAGUUGCUGUUGCACUGGAUGCCAGGGGAGAACAAACAGAACUGUUGCAGCCUGUGGUUGAUGGUGUCCCUAAACCUGUUGCGAUGGAGCCGUGUUCAGGAGGGAAAGCUGCUGUGUUAACUGUCCUCAUGCGUCUGCCCUCUGGGCCCUCAGGCUUACCUCCACCAGGACAGUCAGGACUCAUUGUUGCCAGUGCGCUGAUAGACGUCUCGCAGCAGAAACCAACAGAUUUUAAGGACAAGUCCCAAGCGUUAAAGAACCGAAAAGCCCUUCCUCCCGCACACCAAGGCACCUGCGUCUGAGUCUCAACCCGUCAAUCCAUUGGGUUUCCUUUUUAAAAAAAUAAAAAUAAAAAAAUCCACCUGAGGUCAUGUUGCACCGACUUGUCAAAUGUCCCGGUUGGAAACCUUUCCAGAGACAAGAGAUGGCAACAUGUAGGGGAUUAUAUCAUUUGGCUGCUACCACUGAAGUUUUAGCAUCCCAAGAGCACAACUCUUGUUACCUGUUCUACAUAUGUCAUCCUCAGAAAUCCUUCUCCAACCUUCGUGACAGCAUCUUUCCCUUUAGCUUGGACAGUCAUUAUCUCAAAACUGAGUGGGAACCUGCCUGAUCAGUGAUAUCAGAGACAGAUUCAUCAGGAGGAUCUGCACCUACCGAAGCUUCCAUCAUCCAUUUGCUCAGCAGGAGGGUCUGUACAUUGGGUUGUAUCAAACUGAUUUCCCUCACACUGUGCUGGGAAUUGAAACAGAAGAUGGAAAAUGGUUGGUAGAUAGCCAGUACAUGCUGCCGGGGGGGUGGGGGUGGGGGGGCAUCUGUCCUUCGUUUUGCUUGCCAACAAGUGGUAUUCUAUGGUGCUAAAGCAUUUAGUUUUCAUGACAAGCCUGACUCUUAAUUUCAGUCUCUGCUGUAUGGACUGAAUUCAUUCUGCCUUUUUUUUCUGUGUGUGUUUGGGAGGUGGGGUGGGGUGAGGUGGGGGGGCAGGCCUUGACUCUCUUUAACAUCUCACAACCAAAUGAUAGUGUUUUAACGACUAGAGUAUUUUAUCACACCCCUUUGGUUUGCCAAUUCCCAUUAAUGAUCUCUUUUAGCAUUACCUGUACAUACGUAUCAUCCACCCAGCUGAAGCUAAUGUCUGUAUUUUCUGUGGAAUACAAUGUAUAAAAUGCUGCAGAGACACGAGACUGCAAUCACUACCGGCGGCAUGUGGGUGAAAGACUGCAAAAAGUCGGAGGAGGCACGAACAAAUCAUCAGUCGUCAAAGUAGAGCAUGGAAAACACAGAAACUUAAGAAAAGUUAGAUGCAUUUUAUUAGCAAACUGGGAGUUUCAUUAGCGACAAAAAUCCAGAUUUUUUUUUUUUUUUUCCCCAGUGUGCUCACUUUUGAAGAAGUUACAUAAUGCAGAGAAACACUGAAGCUCUGGUAAAUUCUUUACUGUAGUUUGUAAUUGUAUCAUUUUGCUGUGCAACUUGGACAUUUGGCUUUUGAACUUGCCCUUGGAUUGAUGUGGUGGGCGGAUGCCGUUUAGGAGAAAGACGUCUGCAUAAUAAAAUUAGACCAGGGACAUCAUGCUCCUCUGGCUGUUUACUAGUUUGUUUUGUAAGUUUUUUUAAGAGUCCUCUGAAGCUAUGACUUUAUUUCCAUCUUUGAGUACAAGGAGUUACGUUACCUUUUAUAUAAUGCCUUGGCUUUCCAUGAAGUCCUAUGGAAUGGGGGAGUGAGGGGGGGCAUGUUGAUCUGCAGAAAUUUUCAAAGCUGUCAACCAUUUUUAGCCCCGACUCCAUCCCGAGCUGUACAGUGUCUUGUUGGAACAAAUGUGAGUCUUUGUCACUCUUAUCUCUCGAGAUUUCAUGUGUUUGUCAGGUUUUUAUGACAGAAUGGCAAGAGAUUAUCAUUUAUUUUAGGCCUUGUCACCUGUUACUAUAUCUAUGAUAAAUUGUAAGUCUUUUGCUACACUUGUGAAAAGAGCAUUUCUGUUAAUAUUUUUUGUUUUGAUAUUUAACAGAUUCCUGUGUAAUAGCGCAUUUAACUUGAUUUUAUUCUCAACUUAAAUCAGUCGUUUUAAUGUCAACUCUUUUUGAAUGGUGCAUCUUUAAAGACUUUAUGGGCAUUGUCUUGCUUUUUGUUGCAAAGUGGUCAUUAUGAUGCAUUUCAUAAGGGUAGUAUGCCAGCUAAUGUGUUUUUAUUUUGUGUUUGUAGAGUAAUCCUUUAACAGUGUCAUUACACAGGAAUCAGGGUCUCACUGUACCGUGAAAAAAGAUGAGAAACUGCAUAUCAGUAAUCUUCAGUGUAUUUUAAAGAUGGACAACAUGCCAGAAAAUAAAAAAAAAAAACAGACCUGAGAAUCAUUUGUACAGCA